AUAGGAACCUUACAGGAGACCAGGAGACACAAGAUGGAGUUCACACUAUAAGUCCAUACAGAGCUUAAAGAAGAUGUUUGCUGCUACAGUUGCUGUCUUAAGAGGUAUAGCAAGUGACCGUUCAGUCUCAAAAUAUUCUCGUGGAGAUGCCGUUGGAUCCCUUAAAAUUGUCAUAUCAUUUGAUUUCGUGUUCAUUCUACAUCUGAUGGAAAAGAUUAUGAAGAUCACUGAUGUGUUGUGUAAGAAACUCCAAUACAAAUCUUUGGAUAUUUUAAAUGCCAUGGAUUCUGUUUCUAACACAAAGGUCCUACUUGGUGAGCUAAGGGAACAUGGUUGGGACUCUCUUUUAGAGGAGGUCAAAUCUUUUUGUGUGAAGCACGAGAUUGAUAUCCCAGAUUUGGACCGCAAGUAUGUUGAUGUUACCAAAUCUCGAAAUAAGCAUGACAACACAACAACGCUCCACCACUACAAAGUCGAUGUUUUCAGUGUUGCAAUUGAUCAACAACUGAGUGAACUAAAUGAUCGAUUCAGUACACAAGCAACUGAGCUCCUUACUCUCUGUUCAUCAUUGGAUCCAAGGCAUGAAUCUUUUGAUAUCCCAAAGAUAAGCACUCUUGCAGAAAAAUUAUAUCCCGCUGAUUUUUCAAGUCAAGAAUUAGCUCAGUUGGAAAGUCAGCUACCUCAUUUUCAGCUAGAUGUGUGCAACCAUCCAGAACUGAUGACCUUGCCAUCUAUUGCUUGUUUAACAAAAGGGCUAGUUAAAACCGGAAAAGCUUCUUCAUACCCAAUGGUUGACAGGUUGCUGCGACUAGUUAUCACUCUCCCAGUCUCAACGGCAACUGCAGAGCGGGCUUUUUCGGCUAUGAAAAUUGUCAAGACAUGUCUUCGAAGUAAAAUGGGAGAUGAUUUGCUUCGCCAUUGCAUGAUAAUUUACAUAGGAAAAAAAUUAGCAGCUAAGAUAUCUUCUGAUGAAAUUAUUAAUAUUUUUGAUCUUAUUGGCAAUCGUAGAGGCCACUUUAAAUUAAUAGAAAUGUAAUGAUAUUUUUAUGACACUUCAGCAAAACCUUGUUCUAUAUGAUUAUUUUUGUACCGGA